AUGAAGAAAGCUGAACGUAGAGCUGGUUGUGCAAUUGAAAGUCUUGCAAAAGAAUCAUGUGAUGUCACCUUAAAAAAUGAGAUUGAGAAAUCAAGGUCACGCAUCCAUGAUAGGAUUAACCACCAAAAAGUAGUUGGGUUCAGUGUAAUGAACAAAAUCUGUAAAGAAUGUGAUGUGGCUUCCAAAACAGACAAAAUUGUAACAGACCAUGACUGCAGGAAAAACUGGGGCGGAAGUUCAAAAGCAAUGGAACCUGCCAUGGCUGUUGACAUUUUGAACAAUAUCAAAGAAAAGGGUCACAAUAUUCAGAAAAUCAUAAUGGAUGAUGAUGCAACCACUAUUGCUAAAAUCAGGAGGGAAGUGGAUUCCUCAGUAGAGAAAUGUAGCGAUAGGAACCAUACUGUCAAGAACUUUACCAACACAUUGUAUGCUUUACAGAAAGACAAAAUAAUUCAGAAGUCAUUAAGUUCAACAACCAUCAGCCAUAUAAAGAAGUGCUUUACCUAUGCAUUGUCUUCAAAUAGGAACAAUCCGAUUGGAAUGAAGAAAAAUCUUUUAGCAAUUCCACAUCACUUGUUUGGUGACCAUCAGCAGUGUGAAAUUUCAUGGUGUAGGUUUCUUCAAAGCCCUAACACAUAUGUGCCAAAAAACUUGCCUUUUGGAAAAUAUCUUCAAAAUGAGGAUCUGUUCAAUAGUUUAUUGAAGGUAUUUACCCAGUAUUCAGAGAUUGCUCAGAAACUAUCAUCACUGGAAAGUACCCAGAUUAAUGAAAAUUUCAAUCAGCUGGUGUCGAAAGAGAAUCCCAAGAACAAGUUUUACUCUAGUUCAGAGAGUACAUCCCAUAGGGUAGCUGCAGCAGUGUGCCAGAAAAACAUGGGAGAAGAAUACAGUCAAGACUACCCAACUGAAUCCAUUCAUGAAAUUCUACCUCCCCCUUUACCAAUCCAUCAGCUGCCCUUGCCAGCUAAAUGCUACACCAGGGUGUACUUUGAUUUGGAAACGACAGGGCUUGCUGAAUCUAACUCUGGAGCGAAAGAAUGGGAGGCUUACAAGCGCGACUUUCUUGUGCAUUUAGAUGCUCUGGGACUGGACGACAAACCCGGUAAGAGGAAAGUAGGAUUAUUACUAGCUAACAUGGGCCGGGAAGCUGUGAAAAUCUACGAUUCGUUCACAUGGGCUCCACAAAUAGAAGAGGACAGAGACAACAACAUCGAGGCACAACCGGGAGAGAAUAAACAUGAUCUACAGACAGUAUUCAAGAAGUUCGAUCGUCACUUUGGGGUCCAUAACUAUCGAAACAUUAAAAGGCAAGAAUUCUUGAAAACCAGGAGAGGCAAAAAUACAAUAAUGGAUUACAUAUCCGAGCUGAAACGUAAAGCUGAAUUUUGUGAGUACGGAGAGCAGAAAGAAGGGUUGAUAUGUGACAUGAUAAUUAACGGUGUCAAUGAUAUGAAAUGUUCAGAGAAGUUAAUGGAAAUUCCCGCUGGCGAAUUAACCCUGGAUAGGGUCAUUCAAACCUGUCGUCAAGUCGAAUUGACCAACGUGCAUUUGAAAAAUUUGGACGCUGAAAACCCAUCAGUAAAUUUUGCGAACACAAAACAUAACACAAGCUACGAGAAACCAAGGACAUUCGGACAACCAGUGCAGCGAGGGCAAAGAGGAGGAAGCAGAUACCAAGGUACGCAUCCGUAUUGUGCAAAUUGCAGCAAACAUCACAUUAAAGGACAUUGUCCAGCAUUUAACAAGCAUUGUGAUGCCUGUGGGCAGAAAGGACACUUUAAGCAUUCAAACCUAUGUCAAAGUCGUGCAGCACCACCAAGAGGUCAUCAGAGAAGUCGGAGAAAUUUCAGAGGAAGAGGACACCCUCCGCGGCGUUCGCGAGUAUAUUAUGCCGAAGACAAUACACCUCAUAGCAACUCUGAGCUAGAAGAGAUGUUUAAUCAGUGCACAGUACAAGAUGUGUGGACCGCGAGUACAGAUACUAAUUCAGAGUCAACCGGUGAUUGGAAAGUUACAUUUGACAUUGCCAACAAGAAACUAACCUUGGACAUUGAUAGCGGUGCACAGUGCAACAUAUUAUCCAAAACAAGUGCCGAGAAAUUUUCGUCCGUUGCUCCGAUCACUGAUAGUAACGUUAUUAUCAAUGGCGUAAGCACCAAAGUUAAAGCAUUUGGACAGAUAAGCUUACCAUGCAAAUACAAGGACACAGAAAGACUAGUUAGUUUCCAAGUGAUUGACAAUCCUCGACCCUUACAGUUACUUGGUAGGAAAGACAGCAUUCUAUUUGGCCUGAUUGCAAGAGUUAACAGUGUCAAUGUCAGUACCGCUACUGAGCAAUUAAGGAAAGACUAUGCAGAUGUCAUUGGACAGGACAUUGGAUGCCUUCCUGGCGAAUACGAAAUAAAAAUCGACAAAACAGUGGCACCCGUAAUUCACGCACCAAGAGCUAUUCCAGUAGCUAUUCGUGAUCAAGUAAAACUUGAGCUUGACAACUUAGUUCGUUGUGGCAUCAUAUCUCCAGUAACAGAACCAACUCCAUGGGUCAACAGUAUGGUAUGUGUGCGGAAGAAAAAUGGCCGCGUACGAAUUUGCAUAGAUCCAUCAGAUCUCAACAAGGCAAUUAUGCGUGAACAUUAUCCAAUGAACAGUAUUGAAGAUAUUGUGACAAGAUUGCACGGAAGCAAGUAUUUUUCAACCUUGGAUGCUAACAUGGGCUACUAUCAGAUCAAAUUGUCUAAGACCAGUUCUAUGUUAACAACAUUUAACACACCCUUUGGAAGAUACCGAUACCUACGUAUUCCAAUGGGGUUGAAAUGUUCCGGUGAAGUUUUUCAGAGGGAGAUGGUGACUCAUUUUGGCAGCAUGGAAGGAGUAGAAAUCGUAAUAGAUGACAUAUUAGUUCACGGAAAGACCUUGGAAGAGCACACUGACCGACUCAAAAAGGUAUUGGAAAAAGCCCGAACCAUCGGAUUGAAGUUAAACUCAGCCAAGUGUGAACUUGUGAAACCGGAAGUUGACUAUGUUGGCCAUCGUCUCACAGGAGAAGGCUUGAAACCAUCAGCAGGCAGAGUAAAAGCAAUUCUUGAGAUGAAGGACCCAGAAGACAGAGGGGAACUUGAGACAGUACUUGGUAUGUUAGCUUACCUUGCCAAGUUUAUUCCAAGACUAAGUGAACUCACAGCUCCGCUACGGAAAAUGAAAACAAGUGAAACUUGGAACUGGGACGUUGAAUCGAAACAAGCAUUCACUAAUGUCAAGAAAGCACUUACCUCUACAGAUGUCUUGAAGUAUUUUGACGCCACUCGACCAGUGACUGUUACCGUUGAUGCAUCAAUGAAAGGCUUAGGAGCAGCGAUUUUGCAGGAAAAUGGAGUUGUGGCCUAUGCAUCUCGAGCUCUAACCUCAGCAGAACAGAGAUACGCGCAAAUUGAGAAAGAGAUGUUGGCGGUAGUCUUCGGAUGUGAACGUUUCCACAAACUGCUGUAUGGGAAGUCUAAUGUGACAAUAGAAACUGACCAUAAACCACUGGAAGCCAUCAUGAAAAAACCCAUUCAUACAGCACCAAUGAGGAUACAAAAAAUGAUGUUAAGAUUACAGCCUUAUGAGUUCAAUCUCAUCUACAUUAAAGGCAAAGAAAUUGGAUUGGCAGACUGUCUGAGCCGACUACCAUUAGAGAAUAGUGACGAAAGGCUGAUAGAUGAUGAAAUGAUGGUCAUGGUAGCUGAAACCUUAUCGUAUACAAACCAUGAAACACUAGUCGAAUCUACGAAGAAAGAUCAACAACUACAAAUUCUGAAACAAGUUAUUUGCCAAGGAUGGCCAGAGAGGAAAUGUGAUGUACCACUUGAAGUCAUGCCAUUUUGGGACUUUCGUGAUGAACUAUCUACUUACAAUGGACUCAUCUAUCGUUGGGAGCGUACAGUCAUACCGUCAAAACUAAGAACAGUAACAUUGAAGACAAUCCACAGUUCUCACCAAGGGAUCCUUAAGAGCAAACAGAAAGCUAGAGAAUUAGUGUUCUGGCCAGGAAUGAACAAACAGAUUGAAGAUGUUGUCAGCAGAUGCAGUGCAUGUUUAACACAUAGAAACAAACCACAAAGGGAACCAAUGAUGAUUCAUCCUAUACCUUCACUUCCGUGGAGCAAAGUUGGAACCGAUUUAUUUGAGCUUGAUAAUCGUCAUUUCCUCAUCCUAGUUGAUUACUACUCAAACUUCAUUGAAGUAGCAGAGUUAGAAAGGGACACCAGAGCGAAAACUGUCAUAACAAAGAUCAAGGAGUGUAUUGCUCGUUAUGGUAUAAUGGACAUAUUAGUGAGUGACAAUGGUCCACAGUUUGCAUGCCAAGAAUUCAAAGAGUUUACAAGAGCAUUUGGGAUCGACCAUGUCACAUCAUCACCAUUACAUCCACAAUCAAAUGGACUUGCAGAAAGAUCAGUACAAACAAUCAAGAACAUCUUAAAGAAAUGCACAGAGUCUGGAGAUGAUAUGUACUUAGGGCUACUUGAUCUACGCAACACCCCCAGGGAUAACGAAAUCGGAUCACCAAUGCAACGUCUUAUGUCCAGGCGAGCUAAGACACUGAUACCCAUCAGUGACACAUUGCGAAAGCCAUGCAUUAUAGAACCAAACCUAGUAUCUACUCGUCUUAUGGAAUACAAACAGAAGCAAAAAUUCUAUUAUGACCAAAGUGCAAAACCAAGACCACAGUGUGAACUUGGAGAUUCCAUACGCAUUCAAACACCUGAUGGUUGGAAACCAGCAACCUACGUGUCAGCCUCUGUACAUCCACGUUCUCAUAUUGUUGAAGCUGGCAGUCAGGGAAGAACGUACCGCAGGAACAACUGUAAACUGAUGAAGACAAGGGAAGACCCGCAUGUGAUCCAACCCAAACAUGAAGGAUUUGCGUCGCCCACUCUUGAAGUUCCGAUCCUGAGAAAUCCAUCGGCAAACCAUUUACCACCAGCAAAGCCAAAACCAGCAUUACCAGAGGAGAAGCCAAAGGUUGAGCAGAAGUCCGAGCCAGGACAAGCACAAGAUACACAGCGAAGAUGUAUAGCAGACAUAGCUCAGAUUUCUGCUGUGUGUGGAGAAAGUUCCUUCAGCAUGUAUGUGAAACCAGAGGUACCCAUAACAGCAAAGGCAUCUAAAAUCACCGGGUUGACAUUUGAUGGAAGGUCUAUGUUCUGUCAUGGAAAACCUGUUGUUUGCCAUUCCCUGCAGCAUGUCUUGGAGAACUUUGGAAGAAACUUGCAUUCUCUAGAAACCCCCAAGAGGGAAUAA